AUGUUUCUUUGUUCUAGAUAUUAUUAGCAUCCGCAAGUGCCCCGGACUCGCCCAAAAAUACAUUAGAUGGUUCGGCAUAAUUUUCUGAUAUUGAAAAUAAUUUCCUCGGGCGCGAGGACGUCCGGCCGAUUUUAUUUGAGAAAUUUGUAGAUUUUUAAAAGCUUUUACUGGCAACUUGUAGGAGUGAAGAGGCUUCCGUCGACUCCCAACGUCUUGUGAUGAGUGAAAUUGUUAUUAUUGUCGAAAGGCCGUCGUUCCUCCGCUAUUCGCAACCCAGGGGGCCAGCCUUUUCAAGUCUGUUGUUAGUAUCACUACGAAUAAGGAAGCAGAUCCUCUUAAGGGAGGGGAUAUGGAGGUAUGCCAUGGAAGAGUGGAUGCUAGUUUUGGAUGAGGAUAAACUUUUGUAGCCAAUUUUUUUUUAUCUGGCCAAUUAGCCAGUUUACAAAGAAAAAAAAAUGGAGCAAGCACAAAAUACCACUAGUAUGGUGUGGUAUAACUACACACCAGUUGAUGGCCUUAUUACAACAACUAAUGCUCCCGUUCAAGUAGAGUUGGGAACAGUUGACAUAGCAAGACAAAUUAACCAGCAAGUGUCCUUGCAGUAUGGAAAUCUCCAAGCAGUUCCUACCCAACCUCAACAGAUUAUUGUUAGCCAUCAUCCCCAACAACCCCCAGCAGUUGCUACACCGGAGCCUGCUGUAACACCCAAGCCACCCAAAGCUCGUAAAGCACCCACAAAUGGUGAGCGUGUACCUUGUCCAGAAUGUGGCAAAACAUUUUCUUGUAAUGCCAACUUGCGUGAUCAUGUGAGACUGCAUACGGGAGAAAGGCCUUUUAUAUGUAGUGAGUGCGGAAUGACAUUUGCUCAGCGUUCCAACUGGAGACUACAUAAAAGGGUGCACACUGGAGAACGACCUUAUAUGUGUGGGAUAUGUGGCAAAACGUUUUCUCGUAGCUCCCACUUACCUGGCCACAUGAGAAUUCAUACAGGAGAGCGACCUUACUCCUGUGAGUUAUGUGAACAUUCGUUCGCCUCUCACCAAGCUCUCAAAAAUCACUCCCGCACCCACACAGGGGAGAAACCCUUUGUUUGUGAAUAUUGUCAGACAGCCUUUACUCAUAGUUCAUCAUUAUCUUCCCACAAGAAAAGAUGUACUGGAGAGAAAAGGAAAAGGGGCAGACCCAAAGGUAGUGGCCGGAAAAUGUGUAAGAAAAAACCAUCUGGCAGACCAAGGGGUAGGCCAAGGAAGAAGGGCAGGUACUUGAAUCGCAGAAAAAGAAAACCUGUUCGUACUUCUGAAGAUGACGAUUCCUGUAAAAAGGAUUUGCCCAUAAAGAGUGAACUGAUUUCAGUUGAUGAAGAAAGUGAAAACCAGAUAGACAUUGUCCAGGCUAAGGAAGAAAUUGAAGACAUACCCACAGUAGAGGUAGAUCCUGACACAAUACAGAUUGAUGGAGCUGAUCCGUUAGACACACAUUCAGAAACUGAAAACAUGAUUGCGCAUGCACAGGAGUCCAUAAGUGUUACGGAAGGACAUACUAUUCAUCAUAUUGUGCCAGUGGAAGAAGUGGUUACGGUCGCAGCUGCUGCAGCAGGCCUAGAUGAUACCAGCAGUUUGCAUCAAGAAGCUGCAGUUGCGAUGGCUGCUUUGCACGAAGGAGCUGCUUUAAAUUUAGCUCAUCACCAGUUGCCUACAGAAACUUAUGUUGAAAGGGACACUUCUCACACAAUGUGGUAUCCAAAGCAACACUAUUAAUAUAAUCUUGAUUUCAUCUUUUCUUGGCAUAUUGUGUUUUUCACUGACCUGCGAUAGUUGGUACUCAAUUUAGGACGUGAAGAGAUGAUGAUUCCGUACGUUGAGGAGACUAUUUCUUAGUAUCAAUUGCCAUGCCCUUUUUGGGUAUUUGAAAUGUUGGUUGUUGAUGAGAAGGAAGAUACAUUUUGUUGCUGUCACUUUCAAAGUGGGAUUUUACUGUAUGUUUGAUUAUUUUUAUACUAUACUAAUAGCUGCUUGUAUAAGGAAGUUUCACAAUGCUAUGAUAACUUGGAGACUGUGUAGAGUUGUUGAAUUUUAUAGAACUUUAUAUUAUGUAUAUUUUUUGCGAUGGUGAAGAUGUAAAUGUGUUUAUAGAAAAAUCAUUGCUGUAGAUAUAUAUACAUUGUGGAACUUAUGCUCACUUAAUUUAGUUUAAGGUACCAUUCUAGAUUGUUUUCAUUUAUACUUCAGUUUAUUUUUCAAAAUUGAAACCGUUUCAGUCCAUGGUUAUCAUUAUGUGUAUUUAACAAACUUGAAAGGGAGUUACUCUUAUGAUACUGUUUUGCCUUGCAAUAUCUAUUAUGAUUAUGUGAAAUGCUCUCAUCUUGUGAUGAGUUUGUGUUUUAAAGGCGGUAUGUAUAAGAUUCAUGAAUUUGGGUUUUGACAAUUGAAAAUUAUAACAGCAGAUUUUUUUUCAAGCCAAAAACUGAAUUUUUAAGUUAAAUUCAAAAGCAGAUUUCUGUAACUCUACAGUCAUAGUGAAUUUAGUUACAUUUAGGUCUUAUUUCAUUUAUACUGUAUCUUUAUCAAUUACAUUCUGAGUCUUUUUAUAAA